UCCCAAGGACACAUGUAGUGAAGUGGAUUUCACUCCAUGAACAAGACUUUCAGGAAGUAUUCGAAUCCGGAUUAGAAUCAGCAGCGAUGGCUACUGGAGUGGACCAGGCCGUUGGCAUGAGCCUUGUUGUCUUCAGUCUUGUUCUAUUCACAUACUACUCUGUCUGGGUCAUUGUUCUGCCGUUUGUGGCCCGUGAUCACGUUCUACACAACUACUUCCUGCCUCGGGAGUAUUCUGUCAUUCUACCUGGUGUUGCAGCAAUAAUCGUCCUGAUUUGCAUAGGAGCUUUCGCUGCAAUAGUCCUGUGGAAAAAUCGCAAGCCAAAGAAAAUGGACUGACAACAGAACAUGAAGAUGGCCAUGCAGAAUUGUAGCUCCAUCAUUCAUCUCACAAAAUGUUACACAUUCAUUUAUUCAAAUUGGAAGACUCAGAUCUGUUUGUAAUUGUUUCUAAAUAGAUAUUGUUUUUCAUUGUAAUUACCUUUUAUCAUGAAGUUCAGCAAGUACUAUAAGUCUAUUACAAUGGGAAGUCUACAUUAUGUAAAUAGACAAAUAUUGUUGCAUGUAAAUAAAAGAUAACUGUA